UUUCCAGCUCGAAUUCAUCUCAGGCUUUAACAAAGCAAACAUCCCUUUGUCUUUUUCAACAGCCACAAUGAUGCAUUUAAGGACUUUACUUUUCAUAUCUGCAGUGCUGUCAUGGACACUAUCUUCUGCAAGAGAUGAAACAACGGAAGCAAGAAACGUGGAGGGAGACGUGCAGGAUUAUGACAUUGUUCAGGGUAGAGAGGAAGCUGUAGUUCCAGAAGCAUUUGACAUGCCGACAUGUUUACUGUGUGUUUGUCUGAGUGGUUCUGUUUACUGUGAGGAGGUGUCCCCUGAUAUGUCCGCUGUCCCAACAUUGCCAAAAGAAACAGCUUAUCUCUAUGCUCGUUUUAACAAAAUUACCAAAAUAAACAACAAGGACUUUGCAGACAUGACAACACUGAAAACAAUUGACCUAAGUAGGAAUCUCAUUGCGGAGAUAGAAGACGGAGCUUUUUCCAGACUUACAAAUCUUGCAGAACUUAUUCUUUCAAACAACCGGCUGACUAAACUGCCAACACUUCCAGUCGGUCUUGUGUCUUUCAACGCCAACUUCAACAAGCUCACCACACAAGGUGUAAAAUCCACUGUGUUUAAGAAAAUACCCAAUCUGACGUAUCUUUACCUUGGAAACAAUGAGCUAACAGCAGUGCCUCAACUUCCAGAAUCUCUUCACACUGUCCACCUACACAACAAUAAGAUUGCAACCAUAACCGAUGAGACAUUCUGCCAAGGAAACACCAGCUAUUACAUCCGAAGCAACAUGUUUGAGCUGAGGCUGGAUGGGAACCCCAUCAUGCUGUGGAAACACCCUAACAGCUUUGUCUGCCUGCAAAGUCUCCCAAUCGGAUGGAACAACUGAAAUAACCAAAGUGUGCUUCUGACCCACUUGAUUGUAUGUUUUUAUAUUUCAUUUUGUUAGUUAAACCAAAGCUGUUUUGGCAGGUGCCAUUUAGUAUAUAGAAGCCAGGUCAGCUGUUAUAACCAUACUAUAUUCUAUAUGAACAUACAGUAUAUGGAAGUUCUUAAAAUAAAUUAAAAAAAAACAGCAAUUAACCAUACAAUGUGCAUGUUUUGAAGUAUUUUCUUCAUAUAACUUAAUAAAGUCACUGAUUGUGAAGUGUGCACAAUUCCAAGGUAGGAAGCAUUGCAAAAUUCCAAAGAAGUCCACGGUGAGCCAAAGCAUAUUUUACUUGGCUGCAGGCUCAUUUACAACUAUGAGACCUUCUGAUACUUUCUGCUGGUACUCCCUCUCUGAUCGUUUUCUUCGGUACACAUCAUCUGGCAAGAAAGGGAACAAAUGAGAACACAUCUUGAUAAAUAAUAGUCAAUAGUAUAAUUGUUAGCAUCAUGCAUGUAGUAUGAUUCAAAUAGGGGCACUUUGCCCUAAACGCAAAGCAUGCGCUGUAUGGAGGCGGGGGGCCCUGUUUUGCUCGAAGGAGCGCAUGAAAAAUGUCAAUUAAUGAAUCAUCGUGCACUUCAUAUGAAAUUUUACCACAAAUACAAAUCUCCCCUCAACAUCGCAGGGGCGGUUCUCGUGGUGCACAGCAUUCGAGCUCUUCUUUUAAAGUGGAACUACACUUUUUUGGGGGAAAUCAUUCACAAUCAUUAUGAGAGACAAGAACAUCCGUCUUUUUUUUUCUAGGGUUCUCAAGAUAAAAAAAAGGUUGCAAGAUGUGGCUAAUGGGAGUCCAUUAUGUUGCCUUCAAAGUCCUCUAAAGCUACGUCAAAACCCUCCAUUAACGUUUUAUAUACACACGGUAAUUAUGUAUAUAAUGCAGUAACAUUCCAAUAUGUAAUAUUUACAAAAUGUACCGUAUUUUGGUCAUUUUAAGCAUUACCGGAACUCCUAUCCUAAGCGUAUUUGUGUUAGUGCCCAUAGCAAUGCACUUCCUACUUCUGUCAAUAAAGGUGUGUUCCUACUUCUGGCAACAAACGUUCUAAUCAUAACAGACUUGGUAAUAGAUGACAAAGUUGACUAUUUGUGGACAAAUGAGGAUUCAUAGCCUUAUCUUUUUCAACCUGAAUAUACGGAGGAUGAACUACUGGAUAUAAAAGCUGAGCAAGCACGAACAGAGGGUGAAACGUUGGAGCAGACUAAAGAGUCAAGAUCGGCAUGAUUUUGGUUGCCAAACUAUGUCGACAGAAAUGGAGUGAUUCUACUGCAUUGAGUUGAAAACUAUUAUCGACAGAGGUGGGUAGUAACGCGCUACAUUUACAUUUACUUAAGUAACUCUUUGAAAAUGUUUUACUUGUAAGAGUAGUUUUAUUGUAACAUACUUUUUUCAUUUUACUUGAGUAUUUUUGUGAAUAAGAAACACUACUUUUACUCCGUUACAUUGCAUUUCAUUCCGAUCGUUACAUACUUAUAUCAUAACUAUUUAUAAUCUAUUGAUUAAGGCUUGCAAAAAUUAAUUAAUUUGUUAGCAAACAUUCUUCCGGCAGGCAUAUGACUCUGUUUCGCCAAUCCAACGUAAACUUUAGUGACGUUUGACUCCAUUCCACCAAUCAAACGGAGCCCGUCAUUUUUGCCUUCCUAGGAAUAACAAGCCGCUGGUAUGAUAAAAUAGAAACCUACUUGUUAAACAAGUGUCAGAAUGUUCCCAAAAUAACGUUAAUUACGUGACAUGACACCAGCACAUCCCGGCUGUUUGAGAUAACUGGUAAGAAACCACCUAAAACAGUUGACUACAAUGGCAAUCUUUUUGUACGUCUCGGAUGGUUUUAACCACCACAAAUGUCAUUUAAACACAUUAAAACAUUACAAACAACACUAAAUGGCAGUGGAAAUG